AUGUUCGACAGGAGACUGUUGCAGUCGCCGCUUGGUGACUUGGUUGUAGGAAUGAGACGGUUGGAGCCUUCGAAGUCAUGGCAGAGCAGUAUGCCAGCUUUCGGGAGCCCUGGCAUUUGUGAUGCAGACAUCAGCCAAUAUGUGGAUCCUAAGCCCUUAUCUCGACGGCCCAUCUUCUUGAUGACAUGUCGUGGUGAGCUGGGCCUCCCCUACAAGCCCAAUGCGGGCAUGUCGGGACGCGAGGGCGUGAAGCGAGGCGCCUACGUGGUCCAUGACUGCUUCGACAUCCCCACUGGCACCUCCCACGGGAGCCAUACCCUGCCAACGGGCUCGAAGGUCCCUGACAUCAUCCUCAUCGGUAGCGGGCAAGAUGUUGGACUAUGUAUGCAGACGAAGGAAUUGCUGCUCAAGUGGUCCAGUGCCUUCUACGAGCAACUUCACAUCAGCUUUGAUGGGCCUAUCCCAUUGCCGAUUUCAGUGAAUCAGCCGUGCUUAAAGAUACGAAUCGUCUCCAUGCCCUGCUGGGAGCUGUUUGAUGAACAAGAUCAAGAGUACCAGGAGUCUGUCCUGCUGUCCAAUUAUACAGACGUGCUUUCCAUCUAUGUGGAGAAAGCUGCUACGAAGAACACCGGGCACGACAAGUAUGCGCAAUACAGCGUCUUGAUGCCUUCCUUUGGACUCUCUGGAAAAGGUGCUGAUGUCGAGCGAAAGCUCGAAUUUACUGCAGAUUUUGUGGCCUCAAAGGUCUGGGCCGCAUGGCUUGAACGUGGCCGACAUGUACCGCAGCAAGCUGAUACUGGAGACCGCGGCUUUAGCACUUGGGUGUCCCGCAUGCAUCGGCGCGCUGGAGGCAACUGA